GGCGGAUCCCGGCCCUGCCGUGACCCGUCGGUUCUCUUUCCGAACGCACAGGUCGUAACCCGCCAUGGAGCUCGCCUUUACCCCGCUGGAGGUCCUGCUUCCCGCCGGAAAUUUGAAGUACUGCCUUGUGAUUCUCAAUCAGCCUCUGGACAAAUAUUUUCGUCACCUUUGGAAAAAAGCUCUUCUAAGAGCCUGUGCCGAUGGAGGUGCCAACCGCUUGUAUGAUCUCACUGAAGGCGAGAGAGAGAGCUUUUUGCCUGAAUUCAUCAAUGGAGACUUUGAUUCUAUUAGACCCGAAGUCAGAGAAUACUACACUCUUAAGGGCUGUGAGCUCAUUUCUACUCCUGAUCAAGACCACACUGACUUCACUAAGUGCCUUAAAGUGCUCCAAAAUAAGAUUGAAGAAAAAGGCCUUCAGGUGGAUUUGAUCAUCACACUCGGUGGCCUGGCUGGGCGUUUUGACCAGAUCAUGGCGUCUGUGAAUACCUUGUUCCAAGCCACUCACAUAACCUGUUUGCCCACAAUAAUAAUCCAAGAGGCGUCUCUCAUCUACCUCCUCCAGCCAGGGAAGCACAGACUGCACGUGGACACUGGGCUGGAAGGCAGCUGGUGUGGCCUUAUUCCCGUUGGACAGCCUUGCAAGCAGGUCACAACCACAGGGCUGAAGUGGAACCUCACAAAUGACGAGCUGAGCUUUGGAACACUGGUCAGUACCUCUAACACCUAUGACGGCUCUGGGGUGGUGACUGUGGAGACGGAUCGUCCCCUUCUCUGGACCAUGGCCAUCAAAGCCUAGCCUGCCCGCCGACGUCGGCCAGCGCCUCCGCCUUACCGCAUCUGCCGAAGACUUGUUGCUCAACACCCACCGUUCAUCUGGGGCUGCAGAAAUCGAAACUUCUCUAGGGAAUGCCACCCCGUUUCAAGAUAAUCAGAACUGGAGAUGGAGCUCAGUGGCAGAGAGUGUGGAUGUUUGCCUAGCAUGCACAAGUCUUGGGUUCAGACACUAGCACUGCAAAAAUCCUAAUCAUAAUCUUAAUGCAUUGAUAGUGUUUAGACCAUCCAGGUAACACUACAGAUGACAGUGAGGGGGAAAAAAAAUUAUGUGUCAUGAAAGUGAAUGAGCUCUAUUACAUUCUGCUGGAUAAUUUCAGAACUAUUUUUUAAUCAUUCCAUUUAUGUUAGAAAAUUGUCUUUACCUGUGAAGCUAGGAAUUAAAACCCUGUACGGUUCCUCCUGAGGUCUUAGCACUUGACAAUGUGCUUGACAGCAAGGGCCAGCUCUGAGCAUCUCUAAUACUGUACUCUUCUAUAUAACAUAUACUAUGUUUUACCUUUAAGAAAAAGUCUUCCAGAUUGGUGUGUCAGAACUGAGAGGUUUCACCCUGGUUUUGUAACUCUAGCAAUGUCUCUCAAAAAUAAAUCAAGAAUCAGGUGGGCGCCGGUGGCUCACACCUGUAAUCCUAGCUACUCAGGAGGCUGAGAUCUGAGGAUAGCAGUUUAAAGCCAACCUGGGCAGAA